CAAGCACCAGGGAGACUUAUCUCCAUCAUGUUCAAAAGCAUACAUCCAAGAAAAACGGUACCAUAUGGACUACCAACUUGGCUCAUCUCUUACUCCAACAAUGGUUUCUACUGUGGGAUGACGGCAAUGCAGCCAGGCAUGGACGUGAUAAACAGCAGCAGUGGAUCAAGAAGCAGCAACAGCUUCAACGGGAAGUAGAGCUUCUGUAUGAGCAGGCAGACCAGGUGCCACUGUCUCUUGUCAACUCCAUUUUCAAAAGGCCACUAGCUAGAGGACCAAAUGGAAAUGGCACCAUCCGAUAUCAAAGCCUGGCUUUCAAAUUGGAUGCCAGUGGUGGACAAAGCAAGUAGAGAGCAGCAACAACUGGCCGCAGCCUUCCAUGAGGCAGCAGCAACUUUGGAUCAGGCUUUCGGGUCUGACCUUGAUUUAGAUGACAGCAGUGUUGACACUAUCAGCAAUAGUGCAGCUAGUAGCAGUGCUGAUGACAGCAGCAGCACGGGCGGGUCCGGUUGGUGACCUUCCCCUUAAUAUCUUGCCUCGGUUGGGUUUUAAACUUUCCCGACUGAGGGGGCCAACUCUCUCCGCCCCAAUGUUUGUGGGGGUUAUCGGUUUAGGGUAGCGGCACGGUGGAUAGUCGUACUCAGAGUAGCCUUAAAAUAGAAUUCUAUUUAGUGUGGCUCCCCACGGAUAUCCAGCUGCCAAUCUAUCUUUGAAGGGGUGGGGCAGGUUGUCUUCAUACGAUUUUGUCUUCGUUCUCUGAUAUACUGGUACGGUAUCAUUCAUCGUACGGAAUACGGAAAUCAGAGAAAUCAACAUGAGUGGCAUUCCCGAUCGGUUUGUCAACAACGAUGUUGUUCCUCACUUUGCCAAGAAUGGAACAGCUUUGACCCAGGAAGAACGAGCAGCGAUAGCAAAACGCAAGGGGCUGUGUGUCCGAUGUGGAAUGAAGACGCAUGCGGUUUCAUUCUUCAAAACGUCUCCCAUCACAAACGACCAUGUCCAUAAGGGAGUGUGUAUCAAAUGCAACCCAACUUCAGUCCCGGCCAAAGUCUUGCAAGCCUAUGAAGACGGCCAUAUUCCCAAGCCAAAAAUACCCACAGCCAAUGAAGUAGUGCUCGAUUUCUGCGAAUAUGGUCGCAAUGGGUUCGACUUUGGAGAAAUAUACGGAAAGAACGCCGAGCAGUUUGACAGUGGGAAUUUUGGAGCAGUCUUUGUGUGCCAAGAGAAGAUUUCAAAAUUAAGGAAUGCUUUCAGAAGCACAAAGAAAGCUGUCAAAAUCACAAAGCCAAAUGCAUUGGAUACCCAAAAGGGUCCAAUUCUGACCUACAAUGACGUUGAAAAAAGGUGUCAAGAGAUCCACACACUGAGCAUCCUUCAGAGACAACCAAAGCACGCCAACAUUCUGCUGCUUUAUCAGUUCUUUUACGAGCCGACAACCCAAGAGCUCCACAUUGUCACUGAACUCCUGGGACAAAACCUGAGAGACUGGGUCGAAGAUCAGACUUCUGUCACUGAGAAUCAAGGCAAACAAGUCGCCCGAGCAGUCCUCAGUGCAAUUCAAUUCAUUCGCAGCCGAAAAAUUGUCCACAGAAGCAUUAAGGAAGCGGAAUUUUGCUUCAAGCGACCCAAUGCCAUCGACACUCUUACAUUGGUGGAUUUUGGGCUAGCCAAAGUCUUGGAGGAUGGUCAAUUUGAGAAAGCUUUUUGCGGCAACACGGGUUAUAUAGCUCCAGAAAUCUACAAUCAUUAUCCUUACCGCUUUGAGGUUGAUAUGUUUAGUUUCGGUGUCAUGAUGUACAAACUGUUGUCUGGCCGACGCCCAUGGCCAGUUGGGCCGGCUGAGGAAGUUCGCGGUAAGACUGUCAAUCUGGAGUACACAAUCAUUCCUGAGCAAUGGAAGGGUGUCUCAUUUGACGGAUUGGACUUUGUUCGAAAGCUGGUGGCAUAUCGAGAGGAGAGAAUGACUACCCAAGAAGCUUUGGACCAUAAGUGGCUAGAACGGCUCGAAGCACCCGAGGAUCUGGUUCCUGAAGAGGAUGGAAAGCCACCAGUGCUCUACCGUGGCGAUUCGAACUUUCAUGUGAGCAUCAAUGCUCGCAAUGGCCAUUUGUUUGGUGACGUCUACGACAGAUCAGUUCUUUGUCUAGACAAGGGCAAAUUUGGCACCGUUUUCUCAUGCAAACACACGGGCGGGGCAGGGAUCUCUUCGAAACAGAGCUUUGCUGUGAAAUGCACCAAACCGUGGGACUUUGAUCUUACUGGUCCCAUCGUCUCGUACGAUGAUUGCGAACAGCGAUGUGAGGAAAUCAAAUCUCUUGUACUCCUGCGUGAAGAGGCACAGGCAAACCACGUUUUGGAGCUUAUUGAGUUCUUUUACGACAUAGGAACUUGCGAGCUGGAGAUUGUGACAGAGAAAUUGGGCUUGAACGUGAGACAGUUGCUCGAUCGUCGAGGCGGGUGGUUCGAAGAGCAGCAUGCUCGAGCUGCUGCUCUGGUAAUGUUGAGAGCCAUCCGUUUCAUUCAUAGUCACAAUAUAGUACACAGGGACAUUGAAGAAGCGAAUUUCGUCUUUGGAGACUCUCAGGGUAAUGAUUUUGAAAGCCUUCGACUCGUCGGUUUUGGACAGUCAAAAGUUCUUGGAAAAAGCGACGCGGCAACGGAUUACUGUGGGACCCUUGGAUACGUUGCACCUGAAAUAUAUACACGCGAGGCGUAUAGGAUGGGGGUCGACCUUUUCAGCUUCGGGGUCCUUCUUUACAGAAUCUUAUCUGGCAGGUUGCCUUGGGAGGCAUUUGACGAGGAUGACUAUCGUGUCAAAACUUUGAGUUUGGAAUUCAACUUCAACGGAGACACAUGGAACAACGUAUCUGACAACUGCAAGGGCUUCAUCCACGAGCUAUUGAAGCUUCAGGACGAUAGACUCGAUGUAGCCCGGGCAUUCCGGCAUCGGUGGCUUGCGUCUUCUGCCCUGAAGGCUCCUCCCCAAGUCGAACAGGAGCCGCCUGAACGCUCGAAGCCUCCACUUCCAAAGAACGCUUCCGCAGAAAAGACUGCCGCUAAACCAGUCAACCGCCGUUUCCAGCGCCCUGACCCCCCUGAUACACUGACACGAGAAGACAGGGGCACUUCGGUGGAGCUAAACACCAGAAUCACGCCCAGCGACCCCUCCAUGAUAGCCAUUGACAAUCCCAUGCCUCCUGAAACAUUGAUUGGACAAGACUGGGCCACGUCGGGGGAGCUGAACUCGAAAGACAGUUUCCCGGACUCAAGCAUACCCAAUGACGAUUUAAAGCGCCAGUUCGCAACUGACUCGCAAAAAGCUGCUUUGCGAGGGGCCACAUUCGAUCGAGAUGCAUUGCCUUUCGACCUGACACCCGAAAUGAUGACUGAAUGGAAGGAAAUGUUUGGUCAUCUGAAAUCACAGCUCGAUCCCAAUCGCAACAUUUCCCAGUACACACCAAUCCCAGACCAAUACAACAACAACACACAAGCCAAAGUCUAUCAUCGCUCCUUUGAAGAUUCGUUCUACACUACUGUAACUGUCAUGCGAAUGCAAUCGCAGGGCUUGGGAUUGGCGGGCCCUGGCAUUGUGAGCGAGAUACUACGGGCCCCGGGCAAACUAGGAGCCUCGUUUGGUGGACUGCUUCUACCGCUCGUUGGGGAGAUGCUUGCGUUCAUGGUGGAUAGGAGAAAUGACGUUUCCUGCAUCAACAAAGCGAGUUGUUUCCUGGGGUGUCUGCCUGCUGGCGACGGAGUAUAUCUCGAUCAAUUUGUCACGAAGUUGUCCGCAGAAAUGGUGCAUCUGCACAUGGCACGGCAAUCGUGCGCGGCGACAAAUAAAAGGAUGCUUCAGAUGGAAUCUGGUGCAAUGAAAGUGACGCUGUCCACUGGGCAGCAUUCGAUGGUUGCCAACCUCAAGGCGAUGGUUGCCGGAUGGUGGGAGUCUGCCAAGUCGCGGGCACGACAUUUUCAGCUGCUAGAGGAAUCUGUCACUGACGCCGACGUGGUGGUGGCAAUGGCGCAUGCUGGGAUGGUUGCUCAGGGUCUGGUCGAGCAUUCGGAGUCAAUUGAAUGCAUCAGAAAUGACCAAACAUCGGAGCAGGUUGCCAGUUUCUUGCUCCAAAUGAUGGGUAUCAUGAAAGAUGAUGCUUCUCCCAACACCAUGCCAACAGCCCAAGGGACUGGGGAGACGGGCUUCUUCUCGGAUGCCCCCAAAACAGAUACCAGUACUUCCGCUGCCAACCUCACAACAGCAGGCGCCAACACCGAAGAGUACGUUAAGCCACCUCCUGUGGACCUCCAUCAGCUACUUGAAAAGGUGGAAGGAUUUGAAGAUCUACUCGAAAAGGUGGAGGGGAUUGAAGGCAAAGUUGAAAAGCUUGAGAGGCAAGUAGACGUGUCUGAUGAUCAGAACAGCAACCGAGUGCGUCAAACACUCCAGCAAGCCCAAGUGCUGGAUGUUGGCGUAGGCGUGUCCUCGGUCCCAUUGGACACGGGGGCCACGACAAUGAUGGGUUCAGUUGACAUGGCUGUGGAUGAGCAACGGUUUGGGCUUUUUGGCAGCGACAAUGUGAACCAUUACACCCAGGCGGAUGCUGACAGAGCAAGGAUUUCUGAGCUUGAAAUGGAAAAUGCAAGAAAAGAAAAGAGGAUUGCAGCGAUGGAAGAGCAACUAUCCGCAAUGUUUGACGUGAUGAACCAAACAAACUUGGAUGGCACCAACAAGAAGAAGCUAGGUCUUGCUGCAAAAAUGAAUGAGAAGGCCAAAGCAACUCAAUUGGCGGUGGCAAACGCAUUUGUUGGCAAAAAGAAGGCUGGGAAACGGAAUGACGGCACAGCAAGCUCGACAAGAAUUGAUGAGGCCAAGACGAAGGGAAAAGAGCACUUUGAAACCACUAGGACAAAUGGAGAGUUUGUCGUCAGCGGCCCGAUAAAACAGCCCAUCGAAUGGCUGGGCGUGGAAGUUGAUGACGGCCAAUUCCACAAUGACAACGAGGAGGACGACGACGAGGACGGCGAUGACGCAUCCAGCUAGUUUUAGCUCGCAAUAAUAAUGAACGUCUUUUCAACAUAGUUUAGCACAUUCGUAGUAGCUUCACUUUUUGAGAAGGAAGGCAAGCUGUACGGUAGAUAAAA